AUGAGCGCUAACUGUGCUGGAGUACGGAACAGGACGCGUGACGUCACGGUUUUGCGACGCUCCAAAACCAACAUGGCGGGGAAAGGGUCGCUUUGGUCUGCGGCAGAGGUGCAAUGCUUGUUGGAAAUUUGGGCAGAUGAGAGCAUACAAGAACAGCUGGACAAAACGCAUAAAAACUCAGAUAUAUUUAGAAAAAUCCGUGACUAUCUUCUUCGUCAUGGAUAUCAAAGAACUACCGAGCAGUGUAGAGACAAGGUAAAGAAACUGCGGGGACAGUAUUUGAGGGUACGGGAUGCACUCCGUAAAUCGGGCAGCUCUGCAGAAGAAAAGGACAAAUUUCAAUGGUAUGACGCUAUCGACAGUAUAAUUGGCAGCAAACCUUCUAGCCAACCGAAUGUGCUGGAGUCCCAUCCGCGAAGAUCGCUGGAUUCUGCGUCAUCUGAUACGGAGAACACAGGACUGGAGAGAUCACAGAGCUUAACAUCGGUCAAUUCAAUCGCUUCAAACACUGGUGAUGAGACACAGGAUACAUCAGAUAACACUGAGACAAUACCUUCAGAGCAAGGCAAAAAGAGAAAGAGAAAGGUAGAAGUGAGUGAAAUGAUGACUGCCUUUCUAGAUAUGCAGAAAAGGCAGAAUGACGAAUUCAUGCAAGGGGAGCACUUGCGUUACCAGCAAGAAAAAGAAAUGUUUGAUAACUGGAUGAAGGCUCAAGUACAGAUGGAGGAGCGUCGACUGCAACUACAAAGGGAGGAACGCCAAGAAACAAACAUGAUGUUCCUGCAAACCAUGAACAGACUGUUUGAUGCCAUGAUUCCCUCACACUCUCAUCACCAGCCCUCUCCUCAACAUCCCUCUCCUCAUGCUCCUCCUCCUCCUACACCUCCUCCUCCUGCUACACAUCAUCCUCAUCUGCAGUAUCCUUACCAUGCUGAGACAUCAUCAUCCUACUCUGAGCUUGAUAACUCUACACAUGUUUAUCGCAACCUGUAA